UGGCCUUGUCUGAAAUUCAAGGCCAAAACGGUUUUCGUUUGUCAUUCCGCAGGUUUUAAAGGCCGCACGUUGGACGUCUGAUAUCGCGUGUCAUGUCUCUUAGACGUGUUUCGGUUAUCGGAUCGGGUAAUUGGGGGUCGACAAUUGCUAAAAUAGUUGGUAACAACAUUAGAAAGUUCCCUGAAUAUGUUCCGGAGGUUCGUAUGUGGGUUUUUGAGGAGUUAAUCAAUGGCCGUAAACUCACAGAAAUAAUUAAUACAUCUAACGAAAAUGUGAAGUAUUUGCCCAAUGUGAAGCUUCCAGAAAAUGUUGUUGCUGAUUCAGAUGUAAAAUCAGUAGCUCGAGAUGCCGACGUACUUGUCAUUGUUAUGCCCCAUCAGUUCCUUAUUAGGACAUUGGCCGAUAUUAAAACCGUUGUCAAACCAACAUCUUAUGCUGUUUCUCUAAUGAAGGGGUUGGCACUAAGUGAUGAUCAUGGUAUCAGGUUAUUAACGGACUGUAUCAGAGAUGUAUUGAAUGUACCUUGUGCAGUCCUUAUGGGUGCUAACUUGGCAACUGAAGUAUCUCAAGAAAACUACUGUGAAGCAACUAUUGGUAUCGAUGAUCCAAAGAUGGGGUCUGAAUUAAAAAAACUUUUCCAGACAGAUUACUUCCGAAUUGUGGUUAUAAAAGACGAAGUUGCCACGGAAUUAUGCGGAGCUUUGAAAAAUAUUGUAGCAGUUGCUGCAGGUGUGAUUGAAGGUUUAGGCUAUGGCGACAACACUAAAGCUGCAGUCAUACGUCUUGGGUUCAUGGAAAUGAAAAAUUUCAUUUAUCAAUUUUUCGCUGAUCGCCAUCCUCAAGAAGGCACGUUUCUAGAAAGUUGUGGCGUUGCUGAUCUUAUUACAACCUGUUAUGGCGGUAGAAACAAGCAAAUGGGCAUAGCAUUAGCCACCACAAAUGAACCUUUAGCUCAAUUGGAAAAAGAGCGUCUAAACGGUCAAAGUGCUCAAGGUCCUCUCACUGCUGCAGAAGUCUAUGCAAUGCUGGAACCCAAAGGCCUUCUUGAGAAGUAUCCUAUAUUUACAGCUGUACAUAAGGUGUGUACACGUCAGCUUGAUCCAAAGAACUUUAUUUGCUGUUUGGCUAAUCAUCCAGAACAUCGAUGAAAAAAAUUGUAUUUAGUGAAGGAUUUUAACUUAGUCUUCCAAACCUUCAUUUAUCUAUGUACUAACUGGAACACGACCAGUAGAAGGUUUCAGUGACUAUAGUAGUUGAAAACGCAAAAUGUCAUUAAUCUAGUUAAUUUGUUGUUUCUUCUGUCACCAUUUUAAUUUAUAUUUGUUAUGACUCUUCUGUAUUACUAAGUGUAGAAACUAAAACUAAGAUUCAUUUAAUGUGUAGACCAUAUUAUCUAUUUGUUUUAUCCUUUUCUCAGAAAUUUUUUGCGCCUGUAUAUUAUUGGCUAUAAUGAUGAGUAAUAAAAAUUCUAGAAGAUA